AUGGAUGAAUCUGUUUCCUACCACUUUGCAACUGUCAAGCAGAGACGAGAAAAUAGACACGAAAUCGAUUACCAACUAACGUUGAGGCAGCAACCCAAGCAAUCCAGAAUGUGUGGUGUUGGGGAGAAAGCUGACAGAAGACCCAUUGAUCCUCCUCCUAUUGUUCAGCUGAAAGUCAUCGAUGCCAAGCUGCCAUCAGCAGAGAAAAAUGCCUAUUUGCAGAAUCCAUAUUAUUUCAUGUACGCUUCGCUCAUGGCAGCUGAUUUGGACGAGGAAUUGCAUCUGUUGAGAGACGGAAAGACACGCAGUACAACAGGAUCAGUUGUGUCAUCAUUAUAUCAUCUCAAGGACAUUGAUAAUACGGAUGCAGGCUUCUUUGUUUUUCCAGAUUUAUCAGUGAGAAUGGAGGGAAGCUAUAGAUUGAAAUUGAGUUUGUUUGAAAUCAUCGGUAAAGAGGUGUUCCAUUGCAGAUCCAUUAUAUCUAAAAAGUUUUUUGUGUAUUCUGCAAAAAAGUUUCCUGGAAUGGAGGAAUCCACAUUUUUGUCCAGAUCAUUUGCAGAUCAAGGGCUCAAGAUUCGCAUUAGAAAAGAAUUACGACAGAGGAGAAAGUUGAGCAAAAUCAGUGAUACAGAGGACAAAGAUGCCAAUAGCUCCGUCACGCCAUCACCAACCUCGACAAUCAACAGCAAAAAGGCAAAGACGUACAAAGGGACCAGCGAUGAAUCGCCACCAACGCCAGGCGGCAUGUCUUCAUCCAACUCCAAUGUGACCACAUCCACUGCCUCUAUUACAACACCCACGCCGCCCACUGCAACAGUCAAUUCUCAUUACAGGGUUGAUUUGCCUCCGAAUCCCACAAGAUAUAUAUCGUAUAGCUCCAAGCAGCAGCCAGAUGCGUGGUCUUCAUCGCCACAAUCCUCAUCGUCAGUGGGCUCAAAUACAAAUCGAUACUAUGCACAAGAAGAAAGCAGUAAUGCAAAUGUGGAUCGUGUGCAGCAGCAGCAACAACCAUCGCCUUACUUUGUACAUUCAGAUCCAUAUCACUCUCAUUCAAAAGCAUCUUUAAAGUAUCCGUUACCCACAGCACCAUCACAUCCUCCUCCUCCUCCUCCUCCUCCUCCUCCUCCUCCUCCUUCUUCUUCUUCUUCUUCACAGCAUGAACCGCAACUCAUGUCGUUUAAUAAUCAUAGUGGAUCGCGGAUGAAUCCCCCUCCCUUGUUCUACUACUCAUCCAGUUACCCCAAUUCGUCGUUACCACCACCACCACCAUCACCAUCUCAGCUCACAUCUACACAGCAACAGCAACAGCAACAACAUUAUUCACAGCAACUGCCUCCACCUCCCUCUUCACAUCCCUCACAACAUUGGCCACCACCGCCUUGA